GCGAGCAACAUUAUUUUUCACUUGGUUGUUCGAGUUGAUUUUUACGCUACCUACACGAAUUCUUAGGAGAAAAAACACGUACCUACCUAAGAGUCGGUGCUUUAUUGAUCAAUGAUCAUGGAUCAAUCCUUCAACGCUAAUUGUCUCUUUCAAAAGUUCUCGAUGCUGUUUCGCAGCGAACAGACGUUUAUUUAUUUAUACACUACAACUAUUCUCAUCAUUCUUCAUAGUUAUAUCCGUUACAGAACUAAACGUCGACAGUUGGAAAAAAUCACUAGUCAGUUCGAUGGACCUAAAGGAUUGCCUUUCUUUGGGAGUGUGCUGCAGUUUACUGGAUCUACUAAAGAUGCUUUGCAAGCUCUGUUAAAGGUCAUGACCACCUAUAACAGCUCAUUUAAAAUGUGGGUAUUUCACAAACCAGUCAUAUUCCUCACCGAUCCAGAGGAUUUUCGGAUAGCAGCAAUUGAAAUUUUGGAAAAAGACAGUCAUCAUAAAUUCUUCGAAGAAAUAAUAGGUGAUACAAUAUUCACCGCUAAAGGGGAAAGAUGGAAGAAAACUCGACGCAUUUUUAGUCCAGCUCUUAAUCCAAAUAUUCUACUUGAAUAUUUUUUGCAAAUAUUCAACCAACAAAAUGUCACUCUAAUUAACGAACUGAAAAAAGAAGUUGGUACUGGAGAACAUUUCGAAAUGCUCCCUUAUAUCAGACAGACGACAUUAAAGACAAUUUUAGAAAGCGCAAUGGGUUAUAAAGUAGGCGACGAUACCACGGAGAUGAUAAAAUUUGAAGACGCUCUUUCGAAAACAUUGCAAUUGUUGCUUCUAAGAUGCCAUAAGCCCUGGUUGAUGCCUUCGUUCAUGUUCAAAACUUAUUGUUACUUGAUGGGCUAUGAAAACGUAUUCAAAACCUUGAGAGAGCUCCCCUUAAAAGCGCUGAAAAGACAACGAGAGCUGCUUCAUCGAUUAAAAAGUGAAACCAACGUGAGUACCGAACAAGAAAAAACAAUGCGAAAUUUCAUUAGUAAUUUACUGAAUGCUCACGAAGAAGGAAAUCAUUUCACAGACGAAGACAUGGUGAACGAAGUGAUAAACAUUAUUUUUGCGGGCUAUGAUGCGAAAUCUUUCACAAUCUGCUUUUGUUUGCUAAUGCUCGCUAUACGUCAAGACAUACAAGAUAAAGUUUACGAAGAAAUACGCCAAGUAUUUGGAGACAGCGACCGUUUACCAGAAGCUGAAGACUUGAACAAAUUAUCAUAUUUGGAGCAAUGCAUUAGAGAAACCCUUCGAAAAUAUCCGCCAAUUAUACUGAUUGCUCGAUGUUCAAAACACGAUAUACCAAUUAGCAAUGGGAAAAUUAUUCCGGCAGGUUGUUCGGUGGUGUUGAGUAUUUAUGGAGUUCAUCAUAAUCCUGAAAUAUAUUCCAAUCCAGAAAUCUGGGAUCCUACUAAUUUCAGUCCGGAAAAAAUCGCCAGUCGGCAUAAGUCGAGCUUUGUGGCAUUUAGCUCAGGUCCCCGAGAUUGUAUAGGUUACAAAUAUGGGAUGUUGUCUAUGAAAGCACAAAUUUGCCUAUUGAUACGAAACUUUAGAAUUACUACCGAUUUCAAAAUGCAAGACAUCGAGCUGGACGUUGGACCUAUGUUGAGAAGCGCCAAUGGUUAUCCCAUCAAGUUGGAGUAUAGGCAGUAGGAGCAGUAUUCGGAUACGUUACCAUACUUACCUCGAUAAUAGAAAUUAAAUGUACCUACCUAGGUACCUAGUACAUAUUAUACUUAAGCUUUUUUUCAUUAAAAAAAUAUAGAUUUCAAAAUUCGA